UCUCCGAGUCCGUGGAUGUUGACGUGUCCAUCACCAUGUCCCUGGGGAACACACGCAAGGAAAGAGAAUGAAUGCAAAAUAACCCACCUUGGGACCAAGAGAAGUUGCGAGUGCCAGCACUUUGAUAAAGAAGAUUCCAGAAUGAGCAGCGCAUGGGACCAAGUUAUACAACCCACAGCCGGCGCCCGAAUUGCAGCUUUUUCCCGCCUCUUUCAAACUUUUGGCGGCCGAGCACUGGGAUGUUUGUUUGUGUCCAUGGCGUGUCCUCCAGCUGCUGCGGCCUCCUCCUGCUCCUACACCGUGGUCAUCAUCCCACUAAAGAGCAGACUCUACGGCCUGGACGCGCUUCGAUUCUACUUGUGGGUCAAGCGUCUAAAGGAUCUAGAAAAGGAGAAAGACGCUCUGUGUAGUGGUCUGGAGAUUCUAGACAAGGCCCGAUGUUGGUACCGACAGCGGCUGGAUGAGAACAGGGCCCGGAAAGAGACUAAAAGUGGGGUCAACUCCUGCCAUGGAGGUGCAGAAAAGGACAGAUCCUUCCUGCUGAGGUCUCGCAUCGAGCGGGUAAAUGCCUCUCUGGGUUCUGUCAUGACUGGGAGCUGUGGUUCCUGCACCGGCAGUCCUUCUUUACUGGCAGCACCAGCAGACAGCGCCCUCAGGUGGCAACACGCCGUACUUACUCAGAAGGUGAGUCUCAAGAAUCAACAGAUCUCCAUGUUGGAAAUGGAAAAAGACGCUCUCCUUGAACAACUUCACGAAGUUCAAGCCCACUAAUUUCCAGGUGCACCCAUCCCGUUUCUUGUAAAUAAGUAUUUAAGUUAAUAAAUGGAAUCAAAUCCUG